CAAAAGUGGCACGGCACGAGGCAGGGUAUGGGGCAACUUUGCACUUGGCACACAGUUUGUUGGUGUCUCAGAGAAGCAGAAGAGGGGAGAUCUUUCUAGUGUUUUCCUUAAGCUAUAUAUAUUUGUGAAAGCAAGCUGGGAGUUAUUGAACACGCCGAGAAAUUAUGAUACGCUGCCUUUGAUGUAGUUUAAAGUGUUUUGCGGCUUCAAAUCAGCUCGGCCUCGGUAACAAACUGCCCACUAUUAUAAUUUUCUCCUGACCGCCAGCGAGUGCUAUGCAUUGGACCAGGGGCUCAGAAAUUCUUCAGGGAAAGGAGAUAGUGUGAGCAAGUGAUUGAAACUCCAGGAGCGUCCCUUAACAGUGAAAGAUGGUGAAAGAGACGACCUACUACGACAGGCUCGGCGUCGCCCCAGACGCCACACCAGAGCAGCUGAAGAAGGCUUACAGAAAGCUCGCCCUCAAAUACCACCCGGACAAAAAUCCCGAAGGAGGCGAGAAGUUCAAGCAGAUCUCGCAGGCUUACGAGGUCCUGUCGGAUCCCAAGAAGAGGAAACUGUACGAUGAAGGAGGGGAGGAGGCGAUUCAGCAGGGCGGCGGCGCCCACGGCUUCAAGAACCCCAUGGACAUCUUCAACAUGUUCUUCCGCGCCGGCGGGAUGGCGGGAGGAGAGGACGACGAAGACGACGACUCGGGUGGGGGUUUCUCGGGCUUCUUCGGGGGCGGCCGGAAGGGCAAGAAGCCCCCGCCCGUCGACCACCGCCUCGCCGUCAGCCUGGAGCAGCUCAUGGUCGGCUGCCGGAGGAAACUGAAGCUGGAGAGGAAGAGGCCGUGCAAAUCCUGCGACGGGAGAGGAGGGAAGGUCAACGCCUCCACCCAGACGUGCCCCGCCUGUCACGGCAAGGGCGUCAAGCUGUCAUACCAGCAGAUGGGUCCGGGGGUGGUCGAAAUGCACAGCAACUGUACCACCUGCGGCGCCUCCGGUAGGGUCAUUGACCCUAAGGACAGGUGUAACUCGUGCGAGGGCAACCGUACUGUCAGUGACACUGUCAUCAAGGAGGUGGCCGUCGAGAGGGGCAUGAGAGACGGGGCGAGGGUAGUCCUCGUCGGGGAAGGAGACCAAGAGCCAGGGCAGGAGGCGGGUGACGUCAUCAUCGUCAUCAUGGAGAAGCCCCACCCGACCUUCAAGAGAAAAGGAAUCGAACUCUACACGGAGAUUACGAUCACGCUGACGGAGGCCCUGUGCGGCUUCCGGCGUAACCUGGUGACCCUAGACGGACGUAACAUCACGGUGGCGAAUCCCCCAGGGACGCCGCUCUCUCCCGACAAGGAACUGGCCGUCAUCGGCGAAGGAUUCCCCCUGUUCAGGAACCCCUACAUUAGAGGAGAUCUCUUCAUUACCUUCAGGGUGGAAUUUCCAGAGAGGUUGGACAGCGGGCUCGCAGCCAAGUUCGAGGAGCUCUUCCCUAGGCCUAAGGACGAGUACACGCUGACCGGCAAGGAGGAACUUGUUAACAUGCUCCCCCACGAGAAAAUCGAGAGGCCCGACGCUCAGAACGGCAACGGAAACGAAGAGGAGCCCAUGGACACAGACGACCAGCCGAUGGGAUGUCGCCAGUCGUAGUGGUAACACCGUGAGAGAAAGCUAGUGACGACGCUACCACGUGUCAUCAUUCCUUGUAGAUGAGUCUAAAAAAGCCUUGACCCUCGCUCUUACCAGAUGGCUCUAGGCCUACAGUAUACUAUAUACCCUAUGUGGUGUGGAUGGUGGUUUAUUUACAAUGCAAUCUUUUGUGGGAAGAUUUGAGUCCUUCAGUUUUCCCACCUCCUUACUGGAGAUGAAUGUGAGCCUAGGCUGAGCUCUGAAGUGAUGUUGGAAAUGAGUGAGAUUUAGAGAAUGGAAUUCUAGUCACAUGAUUGUUAAUUUAUUGUUAAACAGUUUAGAACAAUGUUACAGGCCACGCGGAUGGCCAUUACCCAGUAUAAAUCGCCAGAGUGUGGAGAUUUCCGAAAGAGUCUUAGAUCCAGCAUUCAGGGACGAUGUAGUCCUAUGUAAUUUCAAACACUCCUGUCUUUAACAGCAUUAUAAUUUAUUUUAUCAAGGCAUGCAUACCCACAGGACUUACCAGAAUUAUGAAUCCCACUGAGGUUAGAACUAGGUAGUGUAUAUACCGAAAUCUCUUUGCACUAGGUGAACUUCUGGAGACAAAUACUACCGUUGUUCUUUUGACAUUCAACGACUGAAGACCCUUCAUUUUCAGCAUGUUGUUGUAUUGUUGUGGCCAUUUCAAUGAUCUAUUUAUAUUUUCUUUCCAUAAAGUUAAAUUUGUAUUGCUGUGUAGCUGGAUGGCCAAUGUGCAUCCUGCCUGUUCGUUCAUGAAGUAUCUGCCCAUGAUGCUAUUUGCAAGGAUAUGCCAUUUCGUAUGAAUUAUUCUCAAGGUCUUCUACUGAUGUUCCCACUGAUUUCUAUGCAUUUACUGUACAUAAAUUUAAAUUUGAUAGAGCUGAUUUGACUAAGCCCUUUAAUAAAAUAUAUAAAAUUCCAUAAUUCUGGGAAGAAAACUCAGGUUUAGUUGGCAAUAUCCAAAUCUCUCCACUGAGCACUGGACCUUAGAUUUCAGAUGGUGCUAAAAUUACAAGAACUCUAAGUACUGUAACCAGUUUGAUUCUUUGAGAGAUCAGGAAUUAAACAUAAAUAUCUUUGAAAGUAUUUCAAACAAAAAACACCACAUGUUUCAUGAAACAGUUGAUCUGGUAGAGUUCUACGGUGUAAAGAAGGGUUACAGUAAAUUGUAUGCAAAUUAACUACUAAUUUGACUCCCUGUGGCACUAGUUACUUUUAAGCGGCAAUCAUAAAGGCAUGAAUUGUCAAAGCAACCUAAUGAGCACUGAUUUCAAAGACGAAAAUACUGGAUCGAGCUGCGUACCUAAUGAUAAAUGCACGCGACAACUAGUCCCAAUACCACAUUAUACAACCAUUUUUUUUUUACCACUUCUUAGUCACCCUACUCUACGAGAAUCACUGUUCUCACAACUGUUGCUACGUAUUGAGUCGUUCACUAAGAUGACAAAUGGCAUUUACCAUAUUUUACUUCACUGACGAAACAACGGAGGCUAGAUCCAGUUUUUUCUUUCUUUUGAGAUCAGUGGACAGGAAACUUCUGCUUCAAACGUUAAUCAACAAAAGAAGGUCUAGAUGCAGCAACCUUGGAAGAGAAUACUAGCCUCCUGGGUAGUGUUGUAUUGUUGUCAAAUAAAGAACAGAACAACAACGAA